AUGGCGGAGGAAAAAGAAGCAAUAAUAGCAGAUGAAAGAAGAUUUUUAAAUAAUAUUAUUAAAAUGUUAAAUAUUGUCAACAUGAUGUUGGUAGUGACAUUCACGAGCUAUCCUUUAAUACUGACGUUGAUCGAAUAUUUGAGGACGAAGGAAGUGGAGCUGAUGCUACCCUUACUUAUCGUGUAUCCAUUUAAUUCUUACGACAUAAGGUAUUGGCCUUUCGUGUACUUGCAUCAGAUUUGGACUGGAUGCGUGACGUUGCUCGGCAUCUACAGUGCGGACUAUCUGCUUUUUACCUUCUGCACCUACAUCAGUAUCCAAUUCAGGCUCCUUCAACACGACAUGGAGAACAUAAUACCAGACCUGGGAAAAAACAAUUUAACACGCUUCCGUGAUGAAGAGUUUAAGAAAGAGUUCGUGGAUCUUAUCCAGAGGCAUCACAUGUGCAUACGCGCUCAGAAGCCGUGCAAGUUGACAGCGAUGGGUUUCGCAGACGUUAACCUUAUGGCGUUUACAAGUAUUCUGAGCAGCUCUUGGUCGUAUUUCUGUUUGUUGAACACCAUGUACACUCCAAAAAAUUAA